ACCUCUACUAUUGAUUACUAAAACAAAAAGAAUUUGGCAAAACACUGGGGCGAUUGCUGCAAGGCUGCUUAACAUAUUACUAGCUUACUAGCAAUCAUCAUGGAUGUGAUUAACAAAUUCUAUUCGUCAGCCGUGCAGACAGUGUCGCAGCUUUCUGGCGUGCUGCCAGGAAAUAAUGUGACACGAGAAUACGAAGUACUGGAACAGGUUUGCACAGCAGGUGUGGGUCUGAUGUGGAAGGUCUACAAUGGCCACAAGAAGAGCACCAAGCAAGAAGUAUCUGUGUUUGUGUUUGAGAAAAAAAGUCUGGAGCGCUGGUCCAAAGAUGAUCGCGAAACGAUGCUCGAAACCCUGCGACGCGGUGUCCAGCAACUGACCAAGAUACGUCAUCCACAUGUGCUCACGGUGCAGCAUCCGCUUGAGGAGAGUCGCGACUCCUUGGCCUUUGCCACCGAGCCUGUGUUCGCCUCCUUGGCGAAUGUUGUGGGCGAUGCUGUGAGAUCCGAUAAGAAGCUCUACGAUGUGGAGAUACGUCAUGGUCUGCUGCAGCUCUUCGAUGGCCUGCAGUUUCUGCACAACGAUGCAAAGAUCGUACAUCGCAACAUCUGCGCCGAAACGAUUGUGAUUAACAAGAAUCGCAGCUGGAAACUGUUUGGCUUCGACUUUUGCAUUGCCAAUCAGCCCUCAACGAAUGGCACGCCUCAUUGGCCUUGCCGAGAGCACAGCACCUCGCUGCAUGUGCUCGCCCAGCCAAGCUUGGAGUAUACGGCUCCAGAACUGGCGCUAAACAGUGUCAACACCCCAGACAGUGAUCUCUUCUCAUUGGGUGUGCUCAUCUUUACCAUUUACUCCGGCAAGCCUCUGAAAAUGUUUGGCAGUGAUUACAGCGGAUUUCGUCGAUACGCCAACGAAUUGAAUCAACGAAAGUAUCCACCCAUGAACACCAUACCAAGCGAGCUCACCGAGAGUCUGAAGGCUUUGCUGCAUCCCAGCGCCAGCUUGCGACCGAAAUUGCAUGAGCUCAAACAGAUCACUUACUUCCAGGAUGUGGGCGUCAAGACUCUAAGUUAUCUGGACUCGCUAUAUCAAUGGGACAAUUUGCAGAAAUCGAAAUUCUACAAGGGUUUACCACAGAUCAUUCCCACGCUGCCGCAUCGCGUUAAUCUCCACUCCAUAUUGCCGUAUUUGAUCAAGGAGUUUGUCAACUCGCCCAUGAUUCCAUUUGUGCUGCCCAAUGUGCUGCUGAUUGCAGAGAUGAGCAGCCAGCGAGAAUACUGUGAUCACAUUCUACCGCACCUGAAGCCCAUUUUCAAGCUCACGGAUCCCAUACAGAUUCUGUUGAUAUUCAUGCAAAAAAUGGACUUGCUACUGAAACUAACGCCAGCGGAAGAAGUGAAGCAGAGUGUGUUGCCAUUGUUGUAUCGUUCGUUGGAGUGCGACAUGCCGCAGAUUCAGGAGUUGUGCCUGGGCGUGUUGCCCACAUUCUCCACGCUCAUCGAUUACAAUGCCAUGAAGAAUGCGGUGAUUCCACGCAUCAAGAAGCUGUGUCUCAACAGCAACAAUGUGUCGGUUAAGGUGAACUGUUUGAUCUCGAUUGGCAAGCUGCUUGAGAAUUUGGAUAAGUGGCUAGUGCUCGAUGAGAUUCUGCCCUUCCUGCAGCACAUACAAAGUCGUGAGCCGGCGAUUGUCAUGGCCAUCAUAGGCAUUUACAAGAUUGCCAUGACAAACACGAAGCUGGGCAUCACCAAGGAUGUGAUGGCGCACAAAUGCAUUCCAUUCCUGGUGCCACUGAGUGUUGAGAAUGGUCUGACCAUUGCUCAAUUCAACACAAUCAUAGCGUUAAUCAAAGAGAUGCUGGGCCGUGUAGAGCAAGAACAGCGCGAAAAGCUGCAGCAAUUGUCGACCAUACAACGGGACAACAAACCCAAAGAUGCUUCCGAAAUCUUGGCCAAUGAGCUGGAGAACAAUGCAAGCUAUGGCGGCGGCAGCAAUGGCAACAAGAGCGACGACGACAUGUUCUCUGGCUUCAGCGUGGGACAACCAUCGCCAACUGCUGCUCCAAAGCCAAUUGCCACAACACUGGCGCCUGUCAAGACAAAGGAGCAACUCAAAAUAUCGCACAAUGCAGCUAAUGAUAUGGCAUCGAAGCCAGACAUGUUCUCCUCGCUGAUGCAAAGCAACCUCAGUGGCUUGUCCAUUAACCAAGGCACAACAGCAGCAGCAGCAACGAGUGCAGUUCCAGCCAUAGCCGCUCCUCCUCACUGGCAUAGCGCAAAUCCGCUGGUAAUGAAUCAUCAAUUGGCCUCCCCACAGGCAGCUAGCAGCAACAACAAUUUCUCCUCGCUGGACGACUUGGAUCCCUUCGGAUCUGCAGCAUCCAAUGCAGCCAAUCAGGCUGCCAAACCGAACAAUGCUAACGGUGCCAACAUGUACACGCUGCAGCAGCCGACAGUCAACUACAUCUAUCCAACGGGCUACAAUGCAGUCAACAACAGCAUGAACAGUAUGCAGCAGAGCAGGCCAAUGAAUUUGGGUGCCACGCCCACACCGACGCCUACGUUGAUGCCGCAAACGACGACGGACAGCAAGAAUCUGAAUACGCUGUCGCAGCAGGACAUACUUAAUUUCUUGAACUAGAGACAAAAAAACAUUCCCCAGACCCGGUCAAAUAGCCAAUGUUUUUAAUCAACUAUUCCGUAAUAUAUUUAAAUUAUUGUGUA